GCUAUUAGAGCAUUCUUGAAGGUCCGAACCAGCUAUGAUGUUCUCCCGCUCAGUUUCCGACUCAUUGUAUUCGACACGGCAUUACUUGUGAAGAAGAGCUUGAACAUUCUCAUCCAAAAUGGAAUUGUAUCUGCCCCCUUAUGGGACUCCAAGACGUCGACCUUUGCCGGACUUCUUACGACUUCGGAUUACAUCAAUGUCAUCCAGUACUACUGGCAGAAUCCGGAUGCUCUCAAUCAGGUCGACCAAUUUCGCCUAAACAGCUUACGUGACAUUGAGAAGGCGAUUGGCGUGCAGCCUAUCGAGACGGUCUCAGUAAACCCGCUGAAGCCCCUGUAUGAAGCAUGCCGGAGUAUGCUCGCAUCUAAAGCUCGCCGUAUCCCGCUGGUUGAUGUCGACGACGAGACAGGCCGCGAAAUGGUGGUCAGCGUGGUAACACAAUAUCGCAUUUUGAAAUUUGUCGCUGUCAAUGUCAACGAGACCCAGAUGCUCCGGAAGCCUCUCAGAGAUCUCAACAUUGGGACAUGGGAGAAUCUUGCCACUGCACAUAUGGAUACACCAGUCAUGGAUGUCAUUCACCUGCUUGUCAAGAAAAAUAUCUCCAGUGUGCCAAUUGUUGAUGACGGUGGAGUCGUUUUAAAUGUCUUCGAGGCAGUGGAUGUCAUUACGCUCAUCAAAGGCGGCAUCUACGAUGAUCUCAACCUAAGCGUCGGAGAUGCUCUCCUCAAGCGCUCAGAUGAUUUUGCUGGGAUUUACACGUGCUCGGAACAAGACCGUCUCGACACAAUCUUCGACACCAUCCGACGCUCCCGCGUUCACCGAUUGGUCAUAGUUGAUGACAAUAAAUGCCUCAAAGGUCUCUUAACCCUGAGUGACAUUCUCGAAUACGUUUUACUUGAAGGCGAAGAGGACAGUUGA